AUUACGCACAGACUUGACUAGCGAGACUGUGGCUCUCUCGUCUCUCAGGGAGCAGAGCACAGUAGCGAGGGCAGUCUUCUCAGAAACAGAAAAGCAGCUUGCAGGUGUCACUACAGCCAAAGAAGACGGUGAUGAAGCCAACGUGAUGCCAUGGACCAACAAGAAUCAGCCACACAGACAGAAAGCUAUUUAACAGCCAUCACAGGCAUUAAACCAGCAAGGCAUUCUGCAGAUUUGGGACUUUCAGUCAGUUGCAUCUUUUUUCAAAAGAUCAAAGUUGUUUAAAGAACUUCUAGCAAGACAUUUUAGGGAUAUUGUACCAAGUGUGAAUGGGGUUACUUGUGUGGUUGAGUCACAGGAAAGUUACAAAUAUAUAUUUUAAGCUCAGUAAGAACAGCAAACAGUCAAGUAAAUGAACAGCUAAGGCAAAGGACAUUUUGGGCGACGGAGGGAUUACAUUGGACCAUGGAAACAUUGAGGUUAGACUGCAUGCGCCUUAAUAAAUGGAAGCACCUAAAACACCCUGUGCAGGUGUUUAAUGUGACGACAUUAAAUGUGAGACUAAGGCUGAUAAUGUAAAUGUCACAACCUCUUUUCAAGCGUAUAACUAACAAACAAAAAAAGUGGCAAUGGUUCACAUAAAGCUCCAGCGGUGACGUCAUCAGAUUGUCUCCAGUGAAGCACCAGCGAUAAUGUUGUCACAAGUGGUGCUGGGUGUCACCCUGACCCUCCUCAUCAUCCUGACGAUCGGUGGUAAUGUACUGGUGUGCGUGGCGGUCUGCGCCUCCCGACGCCUCCGCUGCCUCACAAACUGCUUCAUCGUGUCGCUGGCUGUGACAGACUUGCUGCUCGGCCUCUUGGUGCUCCCCUUCUCCGCCCUCCACCAGCUCACCAACGACUGGCCGCUCGGCCCCAUCUUCUGCAACUUCUACAUCUCCAUGGAUGUGAUGCUGUGCACCGCCUCCAUCCUCACCCUCCUGGCUAUCAGUGUGGACCGCUACCUGGCAGUGACCAUGCCUCUGAGAUACACCUCACUGGUGUUGCCAUGGAGAGUUGCUUUGGCCAUGGCCGGUGUUUGGACAGUGUCUGUGGCUGUGUCCUUCUUGCCCAUCCAAAUGGGUUGGAACACUGUUAAUGGCACGGUGCAGAACCAAGGGCCUUGGGCUCCAGAGAGAAAAUGUCGUUUUGAGCUGAACAGACCCUACGUGCUGACUGACUCUCUUCUCACCUUCUACCUGCCUCUGGUGGCUAUGUGCUGGACCUACCUCCGAAUACUUCGCAUUGCACGGGCACAGGCCAAACGCAUCAUCAGUGCCCGACCCACCUGCAUCACGAGCUACAACUGCGGUAACAAUCCUUCCACCACUACCACUGUGGUCUCCAGUGUAACAGCGGUGGCUCUGCGGGAGCACAAAGCCACGGUGACCCUGGCCGCAGUGAUAGGGGCUUUUGUGGUGUGCUGGCUGCCAUAUUUCAUCCUGUUCACAGUGUUGGGCCUAAAGGAGCACCCGGACCCAAGCACAGUAGCAGCAUUUCCAAUUGUGUUGUGGCUGGGUUAUGCCAACUCAGCCCUCAACCCUAUACUGUAUGGAGCCAUCAACAGGGACUUCAGGUCAGCAUACAACCAUCUACUGAGAUGUAGAUGCCCCACCUACAUUGGGUGGAGGAGCCGGCAAGUGUCUCCCACUUUAACAGCAGCAACCACUUCACCACCAAUUCAACAACAACAAUUGGAGAAAAUUGGACCUCAUGUACACCACACCUCAUCAGCAGGCACACAUUUCCACACACAGCCGGCCUCUACUCGUUCAGGACCGAACAAAGAUGACGCCUCCGUGGAUGGAUCUAAGGGAAUCUUUUCACCUCAGCCAUCACACAGGGUGACACAUGAUAUACUCAAACUAACUCUGGAUAAUAUUGAAGCUCUGGAGGACCGAUUGAGACCUGCUGAUUAACUUAUUGCUCAUUAAUUGUAUGAACUAUAUAAUUUAUGCUGACUCAAGAGUGCACUCCAGUGGAAACACAAAGUAUAACAACUUUAACCUGGAAAUACAAAUGGGUGUUUUACAAAAUCAAAAGAAUGGAAGAUAAAUAGUUGAUAAAUAGACCAUUAUUAAACUUACCAUUUCAUGUCAAAUGUGUUGAAAUAUACGACAUGUGUAUGUAUAGCAUACAAAUUAAUGUUACGUGUCUACUUUUUGAAUACAGAAUGUGUCUUUAUUGUUGCUCAGUCAGUGGCAUAACGCUUGCAAGUGUAUGUAUUGUAUGAUAUUGUAAAGGUAAUUGAGGACUGGACGUUAUCCGUUACUCAAAAAUACAAAACUGCAACCAUACUGUACCAAUAAAGGGCAGCUUCAAUAAACAAUCUAAUAUAUGCUUCCAUUUUGGAGGCAAUACAGAUGGACUGUAGAUAAGUAUGGAUAGGGAUUAUCAUGUGGGAUGAUGUAGAAAACACUGUAUGAGUGGUAAUAUGAGAACAUUGGAAACAAUUCAUCACAGCUGUCAGCACACAUUGCCUCGAACUAUUGCCACAUUAACAUUUAACCUUCUCCAUACUUCAAGCUAUUUCCUUUGAGGACUGACACAGAAGUGCAAAUAAUAUCCAUCUGCAUGUAAGGUAGCAGCUGUACACAAGUGAUAGAAGGAUUUUUACAAGCCAUUAAACCACAUGGAAACACUUACUUGGUAUUUAUAACACCUAGGGUAGCUAUUCUUUCAAUUUAGCUCAACAGAUUUUACUCUUACCCCUCCCUCCUGUUUGCAAGGAAAUGCUCUAUUUCAUGUACAAUUAGACUAUAAACGUUAGUGACAAAACACACAGCACAAGGUCAGGAACACUUGUGUAAAGCACUUAUACUGUUAGAUUUGGUGGAAACAGCUCUGUCUUUAAUUAGAGCUUUCAAUCAAUCCUGCAUUCAGUUAUUCUCAUACACAUACAGUACUACACUUGCCUUAAUCAUAUAGGGAUUGUUGACAUAAGGAAUCAGCAGUGUUCAAGGGAGAACUUGCCAUUUUAAAAUGCCAUUUAGUAAAUGUGAUUAGAUACAUGUUUCAAUGCAAUUCUCCACCAUUCUCACUUUGACCCACAUAAGUCUGUGUUGUACUACAUAAUGAAGAAUGCAUUUUAUUACUGUACCCCUGUAUUGUUUGUAUGGUUGUUUAUCAGCAGGGUAAGAGGAAAAGUAGUAGCUGAUUUUCAUAAAAAACGUUGUGCGAGAGUGUAGCAAGGGCCAAGGAAGAACCAAUUAAAUGUAUCUAUUUAAUAAAGAAUCUAUAAUAAUAA